AUGCUGUCUCCGCCAUCAUCCACAGUUUCGUCCUCUUUAGCUGCAAAGGAUGUCGACACGGCGAAGUCCCUCGAUAGGACCGAGUCAGAUCUUGCGUCUCGAACCUCGCAGGGCCAGGUCGAGGUAGCGGGUGUCUGUUAUUCGCACCUGCCAUUCGAAAUCCCGGAUGCUGUGGUGUUGUCUGCCCCCUCUAUUUCUGUCCUUCAACAAACUUCGAACGAUAUAUAUCAUCAAAUCAACUCCGACACGUCGUACUCGAACCAGUUUAUUACCAUAUUGAACCUAUCCCGACAAGUGCAAGAGCUAAUCGCUGGAGAUCGAAAUCCCCUUGAUGUUCCCUACAGAUUGACACUCGACACACAGCACCAGCAAGGGGUUAUUCGAAUCAUGCCCUCAGGAGCGCAUGAGCGAGUAACACGGUCAUUUUCAAACGCACUCGUCCUGAAAUUAUUCGAAAUGGGAAUCCAUCCAAGAGAUUACACUAUGAACUCAGCCACCCGGUACCACGGAAAAUCAUGUGAUAAAGAAGCCGAUGAGUCUCUCACUCCGUCGCGGGAUACUUCUUCCGAUAAGGAGUGGCCUUCGCUCGUUAUUGAAACGGGUCUUUCUGAAUCAGAAGCGCAACUGCGAGCCGACGCAUAUUGGUGGUUUUCAAAUUCCGACUACAAAGUGAACAUGGUUAUACUCUUUCAUAUCCAAAGAUCCCCUGAGCGCAGAGUCACCAUAAAACUUCACAGUCUCAGACCUACCAACCCCAGAAUUACCCGUGGACUACAGGCGGAGGCCCAGCGCACUUUGCUAUCCAAUCCCGUGCCAUCUCAAACAUAUACCCCAAUAGUGCUGCGUCAUUCAGCGGUCCACGAGAUCGUUAUUACCUCAAAAGAUGUUCAGAAUGCUCCGCUGGAACUAGAUUUCGAAUCCGUCAUGCGCCGCAAGCCGGCACCAAACACGAGGGAAAAAAGCAUUACAUUCGCGGCUAAGGAUCUUGCUGAGUGCUGCAACCAUGUUUUUCUGGAAGCCUGA